ACUUCACUUCUCUAGUCAAAUCUCUUCCAUUCCUUCAUAAUAUAAAUAGUAUGAAUUACUUACCUGCUGUACAUCAGUGAAUGUUUUAAUACAUAGAGUUCCCCGGAUCACUUAUUCUUCAUCAUCAUCAUCCAAAAUGUCUGCAACAAAGAAAUUGGCAGUUGUUACAGGAUCCAAUAAGGGGAUUGGAUUCGAGAUAUGUCGCCAGUUAGCCACUAUUGGCAUUACAGUGGUAUUGACAGCUAGAGAUGAGAAGAGGGGUGUUGAAGCUGUGGAGAAGCUCAAAGGGUCUGGACUCUCUCAUGUGGUUUUUCAUCAGCUUGAUGUGAUGGACCCUGCUAGUAUUGCUUCCCUGGCUGACUUCAUCAAAACCCAGUUUGGAAAGCUUGAUAUCUUGGUGAACAAUGCAGGAAUUACUGGAUUUAUAUUAGAUGAUGAUGCUCAAAGGGCCCUGCAGGCAGUAGAUGGUCCUAAUGAAGUUCGGAUAUCCAAAUUCAAUGAAGUAGCAAGACAGACCCAUGAAACAGCCGAAGAAUGUGUGCAAACAAACUACUAUGGUACCAAAAGAGUGACUGAAGCACUUCUUCCCCUCCUUCAGCUAUCUGAUUCGCCAAGAAUUGUUAAUGUUUCAUCAAGUGCAGGGAAGCUACGGAAUGUCACCGACGCAUGGGCCAAAGAAGUGCUAAGUGAUGAGGAUGGCCUCACAGAAGAAAGAGUGGACGAUGUGUUGAACAAGUUUCUAAAGGAUUUCAAGGAAACCCAGGGCUGGCCUGCCUACACAAUGUCCAAAGCAGCCAUGAAUGCCUACACAAGGAUUCUGGCAAGGAAGUUCCCCAAAUUUCGCAUAAAUUGUAUCUGCCCUGGUUAUGUUAAAACUGACAUAAACUACAACACUGGGAUGUAUACUGUUGAAGAAGGUGCAGCAGGUCCUGUGAAGUUGGCUUUGUUGCUUGAUGAUGGCCCUUCUGGCUUUUUCUUUUUUCAGAAGGAAGUAUCAACCUUUUAAUCGUGCAUGGCCGUAGUUCAUCUUUUUGAGAGGGAAAGAGCUGGAGUUAUCUUGUCAUCCUCGUAUAUCUCUUUGUUUCUUCUCUGUAUUGAGCAUCUUUCAGAAGCUUUUUCUUUUUCUUUCUAAUGUAUGUAACUAAAUAAAGGGUUGAUUUCAUGGGUU